UUAUAACUAUGUGUAACAGUUACUAAUAUUGCAAUUAUCUUAAUUUUUACAUCUAUCUGCACUGUUCUCUCCUCCCUGACAAUGCCGGCGUUGAUUGGCUGGCUGUCACAUUACCUCACAGCUGAUUUCGUUGGAUGAGGUGUUGUGUGCUGCUUUGACCGUUCAUCACUUAUUUUCAUGUAGCCAUUUCUGGUUAGCAACGCUGAAAAGUAGCAUAGCAGUCAUCGUCAACUGUAGCAAGCUACUAUGGCACAGGCAGCACCGGCGAAUGUCUUCGACGCAAACAACUCUCAGAUCCAGGUGGAACACGAUAAAAAGCGUCGGCAGUUUGUUAUAAGACUAAAUGGAUCUCAUGAUCGUGCAGUUCUGCUGUAUGAAUAUGUUGGGAAGAAGACAGUUGACUUGCAACACACUGAAGUUCCAGAUGCUUACAGAGGUAGAGGAAUAGCCAAGCACCUGGCCAAGGCAGCCAUGGAUUUUGUGGUGGAAGAGGAUCUGAAAGCCCACUUGACCUGCUGGUACAUUCAGAAAUAUGUCAAAGAGAAUCCUCAGCCUCAAUACUUUGAACAUAUUUAUCAAUGACCCUACAUGACUCUGACAGAGAAGAGGAGGAGAAAGAGACUCCCAGGGGAUAAAUGCUGUGUGGCAUCAUGCUUUGGAGUUACAGGCUGACAUACAACAAAUGACCUUCCAGGCAUGUCCCUCCAGAGACAACUGAUCUCACGGCAAAGACGUCCAUGAGCUGAACGUUGGGUCUACGGGUCCGUAAUGUGGGGAUACACACUCGCCAGAAACAGGAACUGCAUCUGCUGGUCACUAGCUGUAAAAACAUGAGCAAAUAAACUAACCAAAGCUGAAGCCUGUUACCUCAUACAGAAACCUUCAGGAUCCACCCAUUAUGGACUGGAAACAAGGGUUAGGCUGCAUUCACAUCAAAUCGGGCGUUUCGGCGAAAACGCCAGUCCCCCCAUUCAUGUGAAUAUGGCUAGUGCGAUUAGGCUGCAGAGGAUGCCGGAAAAAAACGCAGCAGCUUACAAAAGAAAAGUUGAAACAGAAUAAACUUUUGGAGAAACGCAACCCGACGACACUGCCAAUCAUGUCAAGUGUGUCGUACUGGCAAACAAACUAAACACAAUGGAGUGGGGAACACAAUGGAGAUACAAAUGGGUCGUUUAGGUGACACUCCCAUACCGUCGCACAACGCUGCGCUGAUCACCACAACGCCUGAUUUGGUGGGAAUGCAGCCUUAGGCCUGUAAUGAGAACAGAUGCGAGUCAAAUCUUAUAUGUUGCAAAUUUCCUGUCCUUUGGACUCACUGGUUGUGAGCAGAAGCCAUAAUAGCUUCACUGAUGCUCAAAGUUGAUGACUUUUAUAUUUCGACCUUUUUUGUUAUUUCUUUUCUAUUUUGCUUUCCUCUCCUCUCUUUAAAGUGUUUUUAGGGCUGAAAUGCUACUUUGGUAAACUGAUUCAUAAAAAUAGAAUGAGAGUAGAACAGACAUUCCCAUUCAAAUCAACAUAGCAGGAUGGUUGGAGUGGCGGCCAUUUUUAUGUGCCAUUGCAAACGGACUGACCGUUGUAGCGAGCUAACUCAUUCUAUUUCUAUGGUCAAUGCACAGUGCUGAGCACCAUUUUCUUUUGAACUAAUCAAAUUACCACAGCAAACAGUUCAAUGUCCACUCUACUUGUAUUAUAUUUUUAUGCUGUGAAUGCUAAACGCAUCUUUAACAUUAAGAUACUCAAGAGGUUUUUUUUUUCUUGGUAAUUGCAAAGAGGUAUAGGCAUAAAUUGGUGGGUAAUUUUUUAAAAAACAAUCUGCAUUUUGAAGACAUUAUUUUCCCAAACUCUCAAUUUGGUUCCAGUGUUAUCUCUAUCCACUCUUCCCAGUAACAAAUGUACCCGUUCAUUAUUGGAGUCACAAAUGGAUUAGUCAAAGGUGCAGAGAUUUGUAAACCAAAGAACACAAACUGAGUCGAACUCUGGGGACAAAACUCGUAAUUGUCUCCAUUGUAUGUGUUAAAUAUUACAGGCACUCGUGAUACAUUGGGUCUGAAGGUUGUCCACGUGGAGAUGGAUAAAUAUCUCUGCUUAAAACGGCAUUUCAAAAACAGCAGUUAUAUUCAGGGCAUUUACAUUGUAUUGUGUCCACCAUCACAAUAAUGACACUGGAUCGCCGAAGCUUACUCACUUGUUUUUUUUUUCUUGUCAUUUGAUCCUUUUUGUUCGUACUCACAAGGCUUCUUUCACCAGCUGAUAUUAAAAUGAUAAAGGUCAUCAUGGAAGAAAUGUUUUACUGAAGGAGGUUUACUGUGGUUUCCCUUUUUUAGGCUCUUCAUGAGCUUCUGCUGUUGACAAUCUUCAUGUGUUGAG